GGUCCUGUGCACACCUCCACACCUCCUCUACCCCCAACUCCUUCCUGUGCAUCCUCCUCUCUCUUACCUGCAUUCCCCCAGCUCUCCCCACCCUUUGUAUCACCCCCUCAUGAAUCCUCUCCCAUCUCCCCUUGCAUCCCCACCCCCCAGAUUCCUCCCCUUCAUCUUCCCAUGUCCCUAGUCCACCCCUCCUCCUCCUCCCUUGCUUUCCAUCUCCCAAAACACACACACCCUGUUCCAGGUCUGGGAGGGGGGUGGAUCAAAGGAGCCUCUUCCAGGCUGAGCUUCCCCAGCCCCUUCUGGGUGUUGGGAGCAUCCCUGCACCAGCCCCCAUGCCACAGGGAUACUCCUGGGAGGUGACAUGGGCAGGGAAUUGGAGACCAGCAGCAGAGAAGGGUCAAAGUCUUUCCUGCUGUGAGAAACCGAGGCACUGGGAAGGUCUGGGUAUCCAGGAGAUCAGUGCCACCAGCUGCACAGCUGCCCCACGCUGUCACAGCUCUCCUUCCUGAGCACACAGGCUGGGCCUGGCUCCGUCCCUGGCUUACAGGGAAUCCUCCAAGAGGAGAUCCAAGCAGGGCCGAGAUCCACAGAGCCACGGCCGUGGUCAACCCAUAAGCAUGAGGGUAAAUGAAACCACCCCAGUGCUGAGGGGCCCUUCGUGACACUUGCUCCCAAAUCCCAUAAGGGAGGCUGUAAUGACAAUGUCCAUGACAUCCUUAGACCCUUGUGGCCAGGAGACCCAGAAAAGAGGAGGGACAGGGCUAUGAAGGGAUUCCAGCUUCCCACUCUGACAGAGUAGCCUCGAGGCUGCUCCUGCCUCACAUCCUGUCAGCACUGGCUCGUGCUGGGGAACACUGGGAGAGCACUGGGAGAACACUGGGUGUUUCCCCCAGCCCCCUCCCCAAGCUUUCAGCCUUGCCAAGGAGCCUGUGCUCCCUUUCCCAUCCCUCCUCCCCCUCUGCGGCCCCGAUGGCUCCGGCCCAGGGCAAAACAAUGUCCAAGGCUCCGUGCGGCCCCGUCCCUCAGCCAGCCCUUCGCCAAGUGGGAAAUCCGGGGCAGAGUAACCUACUUUCUGCACUCACAAGGAGCUUCUGUCCCAGCCAAGCAAGGUGGUGGGGACAGCACUGCCCUCCCGGGGCUCCGUGUCCUGGUGGGCCAGUGAGGGCACCGGGGGAGGCAGGGAUGGUGCUGGGACUCUCUCGGGGCACAUCCCUGCCGCCCCCCGCCAUGCCCGCCGCCCUCCGCCUGCUCUGCGGGGUGGUGGUGCCGGCUGCCCUGCUCUGCGCCGAGCCCCUGCCCCGCAUCGCCUUCCCCAGCGAGGACCCGCGACGGACCCUCACCCACUUCAGCCAGGACAACGUGUCUCACUACGACAUCUUCCUCCUGGAUGAGGGCGAGGAGGAGCUGUAUGUGGGGGCACGUGACCACGUGCUGGCCCUCGCCGUCAGCCCCGGCACCAUCCACGCAAGAGCCUCGAUAGUGUGGGGACCCACGGCUGAGAAAACCUCUGAGUGUGCUUUUAAGAAGAAGAGCCAAGAGACUGAGUGCUUCAACUUCAUCCGAGUCCUGGUGGCCCUGAACCAGACCCACCUCUACGUCUGUGGGACCUACGCCUUCAGCCCUGCGUGCACCUACAUCCACCUGGAGAACUUCACACUGGUGCCCAGUGGCAGAGGACAACCCUUCCUGGACGGGAAGGGCCAGUGCCCCUUCGACCCCCAGCACAACUACACGGCCCUGCUGGUGGAUGGUGAGCUCUACGCUGGCACCAUGAACAACUUCCAGGGCAACGAGCCCAUCAUCUCCCGCUCGCUGGGCACCCGCACCCUGCUCAAGACGGACGCCUUCCUGCGCUGGCUCUCGGACGACGCUGCCUUCGUGGCCUCCUUCAGCAUCCCCGGGGACGACAAGGUCUACUUCUUCUUCGAGGAGACGGCCGAAGAGUUUGACUUCUUCGAGCGGCUCCUGGUGCCGAGGGUGGCCCGUGUCUGCAAGAGCGAUGUGGGGGGGGACAAGGUGCUGCAGAAGAAGUGGACGACAUUCCUGAAGGCACAGCUCGUGUGCUCCCAGCCCGGCCACUUCCCCUUCAACGUCAUCCACCACGCCUUCGCCCUGCCCCGCCCUGGCGGCCGCGCCGACUUCUACGCCGUCUUCACCUCGCAGUGGCAGGCAGGCAGGGAGGGCAGCGCCGCCGUCUGUGCCUACAGCCAGGAGGAUCUGGAGAAGGUCUUCGAGGGCAAGUACAAGGAGCUGAACAAGGAGAGCUCCCGCUGGACUGUCUACAGCGGCCCUGACAUGAGCCCCCGGCCUGGCAGCUGCUCCGUGGCUCCCUCCUCGGACAAAGCCCUCACCUUCAUGAAAGACCAUUUCCUGAUGGACGAGAAGGUGUCACCCAUCCAGGGGAGGCCGCUCCUGGUGAAGUCAGACGUCACCUACACGCGCAUCGCAGUGGAUGAGACUCGUGGCGUCUCAGGCACCACCUACCGCGUCCUGUUCCUGGCCACGGCCAAGGGUUACCUGCACAAGGCAGUGGAGCUGCCUGAUGGUCCCCACAUCGUGGAGAGCAUCCAGCUCUUCCAGACGCCGGAGCCAGUGAAGAACCUGUUGCUGUCCCCAGGGAAGGGCACCCUCUAUGUGGGCUACUCUGGAGGCGUCCUCCAGGUCCCGCUGGCCAACUGCAGCCUGCACCGGAGCUGUGCUGAGUGCGUGCUGGCACGGGACCCCUACUGCGCCUGGCACAGCCCCAAGGGCUCCUGCCAGCCCGCCCACAUGGCCACUGAGGACAGGAGCGCGUGGCUGCAGGACAUCGAGACGGGGAGCCCGGCCACCACCUGCCACCGAGGGAGGAGCGUGGCCAUGCCCCGGGCCUGGGGGGGACCAGAGGAUCCCACCGUGCAGGUGCUCAACCCCCAGCCGAACGCUAUCGUCCACCUGCUGUGUCCCUGCCACUCUGCACUGGCCACCUACAGCUGGCAGCAGCCCAGCAGUGCCCAGGAGGAUGCGGUGCUGCUACCGAACCGCACGCUGGUGGUCAUCAUGCAGCCGGAGACCGCCGGCGUCUACAAGUGCCAGGCCACGGAGAACGGCUACACCUGGACCGUGGCUCACUAUCAGCUCCGGGGCUCUGCCGGGGCGGCCCUGGGGGACGGGCUGGACGAGGAGGAGCUGGCCUGGGGGUCCUCGGCCGUCGGCACCCCCGGCUCGUACUGGUCGCAGUUUGUGACGGUGACGGUGCUGCUGGUGGUGACGGUGACCGCGGCCGCCUGCCUGGCCCUGCUGGCCUACCGCGACCAGCUGAGGGCCCGCAGCAAGGUGCGGGGCUGCAGCGCUCCCCACAGCCCCCCUGCCCGCCACCGGGAGAAGGUGCCCCUCAACGGGGGCACCGGGGAGCCCCCGGUGCCCGGGGCGGCCGCCGAGGAGGAGGAGGAGGACGAAGGCUCCCAGGCUUGCUGCCUCCAGCUCGACGGCGACAUCGACGUGGACAACAACCGGCUCCACGUGCCGGGGCAGGGCGCGGCGUGACACUGC